CAUCCGCCCACUCACUCAUUUCACUCACCCAUUUCCUUCACACCAUGUCGGCUUCGUCCUCCUCGUCUUCAGCUGCCGCCUCGAGUCCACCUCGUUUCUCUUUCUCACCGAGCGCACGCGAGGCCGACCGAGCGGCUGGAUUUGACCCAGUGGGUCCCGUUGUUACUUCACGUAGGAUAUACCUGUACGGCGUAGGGCGCUAUUGGGCCAAGGACGACCACGGCAAGCUCAUAGACGUCAUGAGUGUUGACGGUUUCCACCCCACGCUGCUCCCUGGGUGUAAACACGCCGAGACGUACUCUAGCAACGAAACGCUGGAGUAUGAAACUGUCGCGCUGGCUGCCAAGGUCCUCGCGACCUGGCAGAAUACCUCUGGCCCCAACGCCAACUGGAAUGCGUGUGCGUACGCCCCGGAUGGACCUAGGCCACAUCUAGGAAACGCCCCCCCGAGGCGUUACGUCCAUGGCUCGCUCGCUGCGUGCCCGGGCGGCAAAGCGCCCAGCACAGGGGCGAUGUAUGACGAGCUGCUCCGCUUCGGGCCGAUCGAGGAUCUCUUCGUCACCACCCACCCCAACGACCCGGACUUUGGGCCCCCCCCGGUGGAGUGGCGCGCGAACGUUGCUUUCUGCGGCGAGGAGGCUGGCCAGGCCUUCGAGUUUGAGUACGGCCAGGGCGGGGUCCUCGGCCCAUUCAACGUGUUCGUCUGAAAACAACUCGGUAACCAUUGACGAGUUCAACUUUCCUCCCUUCCUUUGGCCACCUUCUCUGCACCGUCGUCGAGAGGCUGCAGGUCGAUCCCCCUCGCCGUCCAUGACGGUCGUUCUGCAGACCCCGGUAUAUGAUAGUGUGGAGGUGAUGGGUGCGCCGGUACCCAUCCCAGAGGCCGCCUCGGAAACAGAGGCAUCAACCAAGCAGGUCAAUUAGAGUGGUUUGUUUACUCUGUGAUGCCACU